AUGAAGGCUGCUCCGCUUUUGGUGUCCUGGCACAAUGAGAACGCUCCCAUAUACUCAGCUCACUUUGAGCCGCACGGCAAGGGACGUCUGGCAACGGCUGGCGGAGACAACAAUGUCCGGCUUUGGAGUGUCGAGACACAUGGUGAAGAGCGCAGGGUCACCUAUCUGUCAACCCUCGUAAAGCACACACAGGCCGUGAAUGUGGUACGAUGGUGUCCACGAGGCGAAAUGCUCGCGAGCGCCGGCGACGAUGGCAACGUCCUGCUGUGGGUUCCAGCUGAGAACCAGACCACGCACAACUUCGAAGAGGGUCUUGAAGACAAGGAGACAUGGCGGGUCAAGGCCAUGUGCAGGUCUAUAGGCUCUGAGAUUUACGACCUUGCCUGGUCUCCAGACGGCGUCUUCUUCAUCACAGGAAGUAUGGACAACAUUGCCCGCAUAUACAACGCUCAAACUGGAAGCAUUGUACGCCAGAUCGCCGAGCACAACCACUACGUUCAAGGCGUGGCAUGGGAUCCCAUGAACGAAUACAUCGCAACCCAGUCGUCCGAUCGAUCCGUGCACAUCUACACACUGAAGAACAAGGACGGUCAAUUCUCGUUGGCCCAGCAUAGUAAGGUCACCAAGAUGGACCUACCCGCGCGACGUGUAUCCUCGAAUAGUCCUGCACCUCCAGACUUCGGCGGCCGAGCGUCCUUCGUUGCCGACUCAAUGGCCAUCGGCUCGCCAGUGCCAUCAAUGCCUGGCACACCGCAAUCACUGGCCCUCCCGACCAUGCAUCCGCCGCCAACUUCACACAGUCGUCGUUCGUCCUUUGGCUCCUCCCCAUCGAUGCGCCGCUCCGCCUCGCCCGCUCCCUCAAUGCCACUACCAGCGGUCAUGCCGAACUCUCCCAGUAUCAGCAGUAUCGGCACGAUUGGGGUUCGCAAUGCACCCAUCUACUUCAACGAAACCUUGACCUCGUUCUUCCGACGCCUUACAUUCGCCCCCGAUGGCAGCUUGCUGUUCACGCCCGCAGGCCAAUACAAAGCGAUACACCCGUCAAUUGGCGAAGCGAAACCAGCCGAAGACAUCACAAAUACAGUGUACAUAUAUACUCGCGCAGGGCUGAACAAGCCUCCAGUUGCAUAUCUUCCGGGUCACAAGAAGCCAUCGGUUGCUGUUCGAUGCUCGCCGGUGUACUAUACCCUACGCCAGACUGUUCCACCAACAAGGCAGAUCACCAUCGAUACUUCAAACAUGGACGACGAGAUUCCUUCCUUACCCGAGCCAGUCAUGCCUUCAAAGCCUCCUACGUCUCAUUCAUCCAUGGAUCCUCCGCCCAUUACAAGUGCACCUUCUCCUUCCCCAAGCCUCUCAGCACCGUCACCAAAGCCUACCGAUGGCGAAGCUUCUUCCCAAUCUGGGGUGCCAGCCGGGCCCCCAUCAGCUUUCACUCUCCCCUAUCGAAUGAUUUAUGCCGUUGCGACACAAGAUGCUAUUCACAUUUAUGAUACGCAACAACAAAAGCCACUGUGCAUUGUCAGCAAUCUUCACUUUGCUACUUUUACUGAUAUUACUUGGUCUAAUGAUGGCUCAAUGCUGUUGAUGACCUCCUCUGACGGCUUUUGUUCAUCGGUCACAUUUGCUCCUGGCGAACUUGGAGAGAAGUACACUGGACCGCUAGCUGUCCAUAGUCGACCACAGCAGACACCUGCUGCGAUCAAUACCACAGGGGGCCACGCAUCGAACAACUCUACUCCAACCCCCACACCAACGACUGGGAGCAUGUCAGCUACUGCGACGGCUACUGCGCCACCUAUGCAGAGGCAACCAUCUGCAGGCUUCCCAGCCUCUCCGAGCUCGUUCGUCCCUGCAAGACCUGGCAGCCCCACAAGGAGCAACUCUGUUUCCAGCAUUGCUACUGCUUCGUCCUUUGCUCCAGGUGCAGGUGACCAGAGCAAUAUGAACGCCCCAACCCCAGCUAUGUCGUCUGUCCCUAGUAUAGCUGCUGCCAAUUCUGGGCCUGUACCAAUGUGGACGCCACCCCUUACGCCAGCUCAUGGACAAGGCGCGACUCACAGUGCAAGCAGCUCAGUCAGUGGCAUACCCAACAUCGGCCAGGUCGGACGAAGAGAAAGCGAAAUGAGCGAGUCUGACCGCGACGAUGUAUCUUCAACCUCGAAGAAGCGAGAGUUGCACGCGGUGCCAGAACCGGACGUAGAUGCGAGAGAGAGUAAGAGACGACGAAUUGCGCCAACACCAAUUACAAUGAUGGCGGAGGGCGACAGUGCAAUUGCCAGCACCGAAGAAGAUACCCCCACGCAGACGCCAGGCCAGCAGUAG